CACACACUUGUUCUGUGCGCGUCUGUUCCGGUCUGAACAACGACAACAGUCAAUCAAAAAAACAAGAACCCCACAAACUCACAGUCUCACUCACUUGGGUCCAAACACUUUUGAAUUUUCAUAAAAUUUCUCUCUCUCUCUCUCUUUCUCUUACUCAUUCACACCAUUCAAACAAACAUUCAUGAAUCAUCUCUAUGAUAAAAAUUGAAGAAAAAAAAAUAUAAAAAUAAAGUUUGAAAUUGAAACCUUCCCUACCAAGCUUAAAUGGAACUAUCAGAUUUGCAAAACAACAAACAGAAGAGAGGCACCACCACUUUUCCCCACCACCAACACCAACCACAACAGCAACAAGAAUCUUCACCUUCCAAUUCUCAUUCUCAGCCGCAACAACAACAACUUGUGGUCCCUUUUGAUGGAAGGCCACCACCACCUUUCAUUAUGGGCUCCAUCUCCAAUAUUCAACCUUCUUCAAACUCUUCAUCUUCUUCCUCAAAUUCUUCCUCUUCUUCCGCCUCAGCUUCUGCAACUACGCCUCAUCUUAUUGACGCUUCUCUCGCAAUCGCCACCAGAUCUGAACCUCCGGUACUCGACUCCACCGCUGUAGCCAACAACAAUAACAGUAAUAGUCAGAUUCAACAAUUCUCUUCUUCAUCCACAGCCGUCACGGUAGCCAAUCCUCCCAAACGAUCCACUAAGGACAGACACACGAAAGUCGAUGGCCGGGGACGAAGAAUUCGAAUGCCGGCGACAUGUGCAGCUAGAGUUUUUCAGUUGACCAGAGAAUUAGGCCAUAAAUCCGACGGUGAAACAAUUGAAUGGCUUCUCCAGCAAGCGGAACCGGCUAUUAUUGCCGCCACCGGCACAGGAACAAUCCCGGCUAAUUUCUCAACACUCAAUGUUUCACUUCGAAGCAGCGGCUCCACGCUGUCGGCGCCGCCGUCGAAAUCAGCUCCUCAUAGUUUUCACGGCGCGCUUGGACUGGCACACCAUCCUUACGAAGAAGCUUCAUACCAACACGCGCCUCUUCUAGGGUUUCAUCCUCAUCAACACCAACAACAUCUCAUGAACGCCGAUCAAAUCGGUGAAGCGCUUUCUAAUGAGAAUUACAUGAGAAAACGCUAUAGAGAAGAUCUUUUCAAAGACGAAAACAACAACAACGAAAGCGGUGGUGAUGGUUCUUCUUCUCCAAAAGCUUACAAAACAAAUCACCAGCAAGAUAGUAUUGGUGAUGGUGAAGGUGGAGGAGGAGGAGGGGGAGGAGGUGGAGUCUCUUCAUCCUCUUCUCCCGGUAAUUCUAUUUCUGGACUUCUUAGACCGUCGAAUAUGUUACCGGCAACAGCCAUGUGGGCCACCGCGGGUAGUGGAAGUACAAUAUGGAUGGUACCAGUGAGUGGUGGUGGCGGUGGUGGAGGUGCUGCAACCACGAAUUCAGAGACACAAACACAAAACAUGUGGCCUUUUAGUCCUCAUACCCAGUCUCAAAAUCAAGCAAACGCUACUGCAACACCGUCUCAGUUACAUUUCAUGCCAAGGUUCAAUCUUCCUCCCGGUGGUGGUGGUGGCGGUGUUGAAUUCCAAGGUGGACGCGGUGGUUUACAACUGGGUUCAGUGUAUCAGCCGUCACAGCAUCUUGGAUUAGCAGUGUCUGAUUCAAACUUGGGUAUGUUGGCUGCUCUUAAUGCUUACACAAGAGCUGGUCAUUUCAAUGUUAACAACUCUUCCUCCGAUCAUCAACAUCAUCACCAUCAUUCAAUGUCAUUGGAUUCUCAUCCUCAACCUAAUGAUGAAAGCGGAGAAGAUGCUCCUAAUAAUUCUCAAUAACAAUCCAUGAUUCCAAGUUGAAUUCUCAUCAGAUUUGAGUUUUUCUCUUACAUGUUCUUUUUUGGAGGUACUUAUUGUGGUAUUGUGUGUUAUUUACGGUUUGAUUUUAGUCCAAAUUAAGGGGCUUUGCAGACAGAGAGAGUUUGUAUAGGAGGAAAUUUCUCUUAAUAUUUUAUGUAUUUAUUUCAUUUUCUAGCUCUGUAAUUCAUGAAAAACAAUAGGAUUUCAAACAAAAUUUUGAAUUGUUUGCUAUAUAUAUAAUUGGAAAA